CUCUCUCUCUCUCUCUCUCUCUCUCUCACAACACACAUUUUUCACUUUGCUUCAAGGUAGUGAAAUUUGAGUUUUCUUCAUGUGUGUGGUGUAUAUCUAUUAUUCUGCGAUCUCAGAAAUAUAUAUAUCAGAAUAUAAUUAACAGAAGUGAACGAUGGAUGAUACUUCCCCUCCAGUGGUUUCUAAUGGAAGUUUCUUGAGAGAAUAUGAUAAAGAGGUGAUGAAGAAGAGAAAAGAGAAUGUGGAGUUUGCUAUUACAGAACCUGAUGUGGACGAUGACAUUACAGGAGACAAGGAAGCUCAUAUGGCCAGUUUGCAUGCUCGUUACAUGAAGACCCUCAUUCAGAGGACCACUCACCAUUUCGGUUACCCAUAUAAUUUAGACUUCGACUAUGGAAGGGUAGAGCAAUUGCAAGAUUUCUUGAUCAACAAUCUUGGGGACCCAUUUAUAGAAAGCAACUAUGGUGUACACUCGAGAGCCUUCGAAGUUGGUGUACUAGAUUGGUUUGCUCGUCUAUGGGAAAUCAACAAGGAUGAAUAUUGGGGUUACACUACAAAUUGUGGAACCGAAGGCAAUCUUCAUGGAAUUUUAGUCGGGAGAGAAGUGUUUCCAGAUGGAGUUCUAUAUGCCUCAAAUGACUCAGAUUACUCCGUUUUCAAAGCAGCAAGAAUGUAUAGAAUAGACUGUGUCAAAGUUGCCACUUUGGUUUCUGGUGAGAUUGAUUGUGCAGAUUUAAAGUCUAAAUUGCUUGCUAAUAAGCAGAAGCCGGCCAUCAUCAACCUAAACAUAGGAACAACUGUGAAAGGAGCUAUUGACGACGUAGAUCAAGUUAUAAAAGCUCUUGAAGAAAGUGGUUAUACCUCUGAUCGAUUCUACAUUCACUGUGACGGAGCGUUACUUGGACUAAUGGUUCCUUUUCUAAAAAGUGCACCGAAAGUAACCUUCAAGAAGCCAAUAGGAAGCAUAAGUGUUUCAGGGCAUAAAUUUGUGGGUUGCCCUAUUCCUUGUGGGGUACAAAUAACACGUUUGUGUCACAUACAGGUCCUAUCACAGAACGUAGAAUAUCUUGCUUCAAGAGACGCAACUAUCAUGGGAAGCAGAAACAGCCAUGCACCCAUAUUCCUUUGGUACACACUCAACAAGAAGGGAUUCAAAGGGUUCCAAAAAGAGGCUCAAGAGUGCCUCAAAAACGCCCUUUACUUGAAGGAGUGCCUGAAGAAGUCUGGGAUUAGCGUGCUACUGAAUCGCCAUAGCAAUAUUGUUGUGUUCGAGAGGCCUCAAGAUGAGGAGUUUGUUCGAGUCUGGCAGCUCGCGUGCCAAUGGAAUGUGGCUAAUGUGGUGGUGAUGCCAAAUCUUACGGCUGAGAAAUUGAAUGCUUUUGUGAGUGAGCUUGUUGUGAAACGCAGUGGUUGGUAUGAGGAUGGGAAAAUGAAGUCUCCUUGUGUUGAGAAUGAUGUUGGUAAGGAGAAUUCUUUGUGUGAUUUGCAUGAGGAAUGUUAUGAGUGAGUGUAUAUAUAUAGUCAAGACGAUUCAUUUUAGUCAA